CCAAAACCACACCUGCUGCAGUCUGAGAAGCAGGAAGUUCCUCCCACUGUCACACACAGACGACUGUGAGAGAAAACGAGACUGAAUCCUAUCAGUGUUCGUGGUAAAAUGGCAGAAGCCAGAGUUGCAGUGGAUGUAAAUGAGUUAAGUUGUGCAAUCUGUCUAGAUAUACUAAAGGAUCCAGUGGCUAUUCCCUGUGGACACAGUUACUGUAUGAGCUGCAUUAAGAGCUGCUGGGAUCAGGAAGAUCAUGCUGGAGUUUACAGCUGCCCCCAGUGCAGACAGACCUUCAUACCCAGACCUGUUCUGGGCAGAAACACCAUGCUGGCUGAAGUGGUGGAGAAACUGAAGAAGACUGGACUACAAGCAGCUGCUCCUGCUGACCAGUAUGCUGGACCUGGAGAUGUGGAGUGUGACGUCUGUACUGGGAGAAAACACAAAGCUGUCAAGUCCUGCCUGGUGUGUCUGGCCUCUUACUGUGAAACUGACCUGCAGCUUCACAACAAACUCCACCAUGCAAAACAGCACAAGCUCAUUGAUGCCAUCGGCCAUCUGAAGGACAUGGUCUGUUCCAACCAUGACAAACCCCUGGAGGUCUACUGCCGUACCGACCAGCAGUGUAUCUGUUAUCUCUCUACGAUGGAUGAACACAGAGGCCAUGAUACAGUCUCAGCUGCUACAGGAAGGGCGGAGAUACAGAAACAAAUGGGUGAAAUACAGAGGGAAUUUCAGCAGAGAAUUCAGAUGAGAGAGAAGGAGCUGCAGGAGCUGAGAGAGGCUGUGGCCUCAAUCACUAGCUCAGCACAGUCAGCAGUGGAGGACAGCGAGAGGAUCUUCACUGAGAUGAUCCGCUCCAUUGAGAGAAGACGCUCUGAGGUGACAAAGCUGAUCAGAGAUCAGGAGAAGGCUGCAGUGAGUCAGGCUGAAGGAGACAUGGACAGACUGAAGCAGGAGAUUGAUGAACUGAAGAGGAGACACUCUGAGCUGGAGCAGCUUUCACACACAGAGGAUCACAUCCAUUUCCUCCAGAGGCGCCAGGCUCUUCCUGUCACUCCUGAAGCUGGAUUUGGACCCAGAAUCUCUGUCAGUCCCAGAUCUGAUUUUGGGAAUUUGAGGAAGGCGGUUUCUGAACUGAAAGAUCAACUGGAGAAUUUUUGCAGAAUGAAAAUGGCAGAGAUCCAUCACCAGUUACCAAAGACACCGUCCUACCAGUAUUAGUGCCCAGGACCAGAGCAGAAUUCUUACACUGUGAGUCUGUUCACACACACGCUUCUCUCUCCCUGUAUGAGGUGGAGUGUGUUUUAUUGUGUUUUAUUGUGUUUCAUUUUCUACUGCUAGUGGAGCUUCUCUUUCUCUCUCCCGCUGCCUCCGGGUCUUUCACAUUUACAUGAGCUUUUUAUCUCAGUGGACUUUAAAUCCAAUUGCUAAGUAAGGCAAGUUUAUUCAGGGUGCUUUUCCACUGCACCAGGUUCGGUACUUUUGGUUCUUUCCCUUUUCCAUUAACUUCCAGUCGA